UAUUAAGUUACCUGCUCAGGUGAAAGGAUGCAUAAUCUGAUAAAUAGCUGGUCAUCCAGAACCCUUUACAAAUUCCCCAUCCCUUCAGAAUUGUCCAUGAAAACCCUCUUUCUAGUGGUACAUGGAAGUCGUUACUUUCAUCUGGGCUCCCAUCUCUGUGGAAAGUGUUUUUCUUUCACGGGAGACUAAAUGAGGUCGAAGAAGAAAAGAUCUGUCAGUUUCUUAAAAACAGUCAGCUAUUUUUAAAAAUAGAAAAAAAACUUACAGCGUAGACUUGUGAUUAGAAAAUUCAAACUGGCUACAGAACAUUUGCUGAUAUCAGCUUUAAAGCAACUGUCGUGUGUCUUACAUGUAGGGUAUUUGUGAGUGCACAUUUUGUUUGGUCAGUGGGAGUGAUGGUACGACCAGGAGAUCUGACAUAAAAUUAUCAUUUACAUUUAAUUAACAAGUCGCUAGUGUUGUUUUCUUUUCUAAGCUGCAAGUUUAGGGAGCCUAAUGAGUUCCUGAGCUCAGAGGAGGAGACUAAAUCACCUCAGCAAAGUUUGUAACAGAGGGGCAUAUUUUCUGACAGCUUUGUAACACAAGUGGAUAUACUUGGAAAACUGUUAACAAAGAGAAACACCAUGCAUAGAGCGGAGUUUGACAAAGGAAAUGGCAGACAAAACCCUUUAAGCAACUGCAGGGAGAUGGACCUAAGAACUGCUGACUAUCUUCAAAAAUAUAGAACAGUACCAGGAAAACACAGAUACAGUGAAGGUCAGUAUGCAGUAAAUUUGCCUUCCCGAAGACCAGAAAGACAGACCAGACAUGACAGCCCCAAUGAGAGAAACCAAUUUGUUUUUCAAGAUUAUACUAACUGGAAAGAAGCACCUAUAUAUGAUCUGUAUGAUGACCCUCAGUUAGAUUAUUUAGACCUAGAAAGGCAGAUUCCACACAGAGUAAAGGAAAAUAAUGCGAGAAGAGAAAAACACAAGAAGCAGAGAAAAGAGACAGCAAUAAAGCAGAUGUCUAAAGGAGAUGGGAUAAAUAAUCCAAACAAGACAGAGAAACUGAUAAAACAACUCCAGAAAAAGGAAAAGAAGCAAAACAGUGUGAAGAAAACUAAAAGGACAGAGACAAAGAAACAAAGCCAUUCAAGAAAACAUAGGAAGAGAGAGAUAACAGAUGCAUAUGAUGGAACUCUUGAUCCUAGAUUAAUAUACGAAGAGUGGAAUUUGAUAAACCAACAAAGGGAAGCAUCAAUGUCCCCAAUAAGAAAAAAACCUGUGCACUAUGAGAGCCCAUAUAUACAUCAGUCUAAUUAUAAUCAGCUACCAGGACGUCACAGAUCACAAACCCAAGGCUAUCAUAUUCCAGACAUGGCAAUGUUUGACCAGUCGCCUUACCGAAGAUCAUUACCAACAAAGGAUCCCCUUGCUGGUGCACUUACAGAAAAUAAAAAUAAGGCAUGUUCAGAGCUGCCAACAUAUGAGACAUACAUAAUGAUGAAACAAAUUUCAAAUUCUAGAAACAAGAAUGAGGUCAAUGACAAAAGGAUUCCUCAGCCACCAGCGUAUGUGCCACCUCCCCCAUACAGUUCUUGGCAUAACACAGUGAAAGAAGCAAAACAUGACAAAAUACUGAGCCAGGAACCCAGGAAUGAAACAUUACAUGACAGAAGCAUGAAGCACCUGGCAGGAAACCUUAAAUCAGUGGCGAAAACUGAAACUUAUACUGGGAAUCAAAAGUGUGACGCUGUUUCAGAGUUCACUCAUCAUCAUAAUGCUGCAGAUGGAGUGCAUUCUGACAUUAGUGAUCUAUCAAAAGUGGAUUUGAAAGAGGCGACUGAGCAAAAGAAGAAAAGACUUGACCCCAAAAUUUACAAAAAUGUCAUGCCUAGUUGGAAAGGUAACCCUCUUUCUGGAGCCUCUGACAGUUCCUUAUUGCCAACAAGGAAAGAAAAGGACAGCAAAUCAUGGUGGAAUCCAUUUACAAGAUCUUACCAGUCAAUGGAAAGUAAAGAAAAUAUAUAUGAGACAAUAGGAUAUAAAGAUGAUUCUGUACAGAAUACUGAUUUACACAUUGACAAAUCCAAAGAGGACAAUUCUGCCUGCAACAAGACAACAGACAGUAAGCCAGAAGAAGCAGCUUUUUACUUAAUUUCUAAAACCUUAAAUGGCAGAUCAAAUGUGAUUUCAGAGUUAUCUAAACCUCAGGCCUUUUCAAGGUAUUCUCAGAAUUAUGAUGCACUUUACAAGGGAAAUAAACUAAAUUUGCACAGGACCCAAAAGGAAAUAGAGAGUGAUUUAUAUAAAAGUUACAGGGAGGUCAAAGGCGAAGACUUCCUGUAUGACUAUUAUCAAAAUAACACCAUUUAUUCAACAAUAGAGGAACCCCAACUGCAAAAUGACUUUCUACAUACAGGUAUUUAUGAGUACAUACCCCAGUCAGGGAGACUGCCACCUAGAAAUGCCAGUGAAAAAAUAUCCCGAAGCAAAGAUUAUCUGCCAUAUUAUAGUGAUGGUGAAAUCAAUGAAAGAAGGCAGGCUGCAACACGAAAAAUCCUUGAAAGUUCCAAGACAAAAGAAAACUAUACUGAUAGUGUCAAAGACCGGAAUUUAUAUAUUAAGACAAUGCCCAGAAAGGAGGAAUCAAGAUUUGAAGGGACCUCCAUCAGAGACAUUUACCGAAAAAGAGAAAUUACUCAUUCACCGAUGUCAAAGGUUGAAAGAUAUCUACAACCUUCUCCAGGAAAAUACUCACAAGGACUAGCAGACAAAAGCUUCCCAAUGCAGCCUAAAGUGAAAGAAGUUCAAAGGGAACGACAUCAGAAAGCAACACAUUUGAAGAAGGAACUAUGGGAUAGAGAGACAAAAUAUAAGCACCAACUGUUUCAAAAUGAAUAUAGCACGGAGAGAAGCAAUCAGACUGAUACCAGACUUAUAACAGAACAAAAUUCAGGUGCUUUAGAGAUAUCUGGAAAUAUACCCAAUAAGAAAAAGAAGACAGCAUCCAAGGAUAGCGAUGGAAUCUUUGUAAUCGAUACAACCCGUGUGAUAAUAAGAGCUGAAUUUAUUUUUCCUCCAAAAAAAGAACAUAUAAAAUAUCUGCAUGCAGAGCAACAGAUGGAAAAUACAAAUGCAGGUUUAGAUGAAGACCCUUUAGUUAACUGCAUAGAACAAAACGAAGACAAACAAAUGAGACACCAAAAUGAGAUCAAGGACAAAACAGAUAACUGUUUUUGUUCACCAAGCAAACAUGUAAUUGCCACAAACAGACAAAACCAUCAGACUACAGAACAUUUCUUGGAGGGGGAUCACUAUGGAACUAAGGAGUGCCUUGGUCCUGUAGAUAAAGGCUUUGGGAAUACAGAAACUGAUUCUUUAACAGAAGUCCUUGAUAAAGACAAUCUAGAAGAGAGAGGAUCAGAAAUUUUAGGAAUUCAUUAUACAACUCUUGAUAUAGAUAAAGUAAUGCAACAUACUUAUGCAGAAUGUCUGCAACAGAAAUCAAACAAUAAUGAUCAGUGCAGUGAAGUCAAAGAUGAACCCCAAAAUAAAAUGCCCUGUCACUCACAUGUCCAAAUUUACAAAGACACAGGUGGCCAAAGUAAUGAUAAAGAUAAUGUAACCGAAACAGAGUUACUGGAAAGUACAGAGAAUCCCACUGAAAAGUAUACUUUGAUAUCCGAUGCACAGGUAUUUCGUAAUACUUCCCAGAAAGGUGAUAACUGUCAAAGCAUGCCCAGUCUCCUAAUCAAUCAGAGUUCUCCAGAGUACCCCAAAAAGCAAAAUGAAGGUAGACAGGAUACUGAAUCACAGGAAAUAUUGUCACGUGGUUACAAGAAAGAAAGCAAACUCUCUGAAAACCAUAACCAAAGAUGCAAAGUAUCACAGCCUUAUGAAGAAACAAAAGAUGUAACCAGUAACCAAAAGUCAGGUGAAGGCAUGUCAAAUGCAGAGGUAGAGUCUGAUGUCCACUUGUAUGAAAAUACUUUAAGGAACUUGAAAUUACCUAUAUCUACAGAAGUAAGUGGCAAGGGAAAUGAAAGUUAUGAAGAAACAAAAGCUGCAACUAGUAACCGAAAGUCGGGUGAAGGUGUAGCAGAUGGAGACGGAGAGUCUGAGGUCCAAUCAGAUGAAAGCACUUCAAAGAACUUGAACCUACAUUUAUCUAAAGAAAUAAGUGGCAAACAGGGUAGUACCAAACAAAACCUUACGGAAGCUGAUGGCAGUGAUGGAACAAUGGCAGUGACACUGUACAACAAGAAACAAGGAUUCUACCCAAAGUCUUUACGUGAGGCUGUUUACCGAAUCAGACGGCAUACUGCCCCAGAUUCAGAUACUGAUGAUGAAUCUGAAAAUGUAAGCAGACAGACAUUAAAAUCUGAAAAACAGAUAAAAAUGACAGAACACAAUGAUGAUAUACUUUCAUGCAGUAGUCAAGACAGUAAUGACUCUGAUGACACAGUUAUAAUGUGUGGAGAGGUUCUUGAUAAGGAGAAAACUCCAUACGAUAGAAAAAUAAGGAUUAGUAAUAAGGGGACAACAAACACUAGGGACUCUGCGUCUCAUUCUAGGUCAAAGGCUAAAUCAGGGGAAUCUGUAAAAGCUAUAGUUCAAAGUCUUGAGAAUAUAAAUAUACUGGGAAAAACAGCUGCAUUGUCUAUAUUAAAAUGCGGGGGAGUGGAAGAAAAUGGCUCAUUUCUUUCAAGUUGUGAUGCACAAAUAAAAGAAAUUCAAGAAGAAGAAGAAAACAAGCAGGCAAAGAAAACAAAGCCCCUUCCUCAUCAAAAAGAAAUUAUGGGGAGAGAGACAAAAGGCUCAACAGAAUUAAAUGCCUGCAUAGAUGAAAUUUUAAAAGACCUAAGUGAAACCGAGAAAGAGUUUUUUGGAAGCCCUGAGAAUAAUGAUAACUUCUCCAGGGCAACAGAAUUAAACAGCCUGCAAAAAAGGAGAAUGUGAAAGAUCUUCAUGAAGCAUGAUUAUAUCAGCUAACUGGAAAUUACAUGAUACAGGAAACAGAUUUCAGGCAAAAAGGAUCAUAUUGCCUUACUGUAAUUACUUUGCUUUUUUUACUUACAGUUCCUGUGUUCUUAGUUUGUAAUGAUUUUGGCAGAGUCAUCAUGUUUUUAAGUAUAACUCCCAAGACAUAAAGGCAUCACUGGGUAGACACACAUCAAUAUAGCUGUGGCCACAUGAAUGUGCUUUCCAGCAAAGUCACAGGAAUACAAUUUUCAAGUCUUCUCCUGCCAGCAUCUGAUGCAACAUCUGUAUUGUACCAAAAAGAGCAUAUCACACCUUAUAAGCACCUGUCUUCUUUAUGCAAUAGAGGAAAUAUUUGCAAGUAGUGUUACAGGAAUCCUCUUUGUUUUUCCACAUUUAAAGUUCAUUCAUUCAGUUGUGAAGCUUUAGAGCGACAAUUAAUCAGACUUAUCUUGGGCACAUUGUGAUUAAGUGAAAAUAUCUCUUUGCGUUGGAUUUAUUUUGCAGUUUUGGCAUAUGUCAUUAUAAACUAUCAGAGACAAUGUUCAUCUGGAUUUCUGUAACACGUAAUACAUACGUGUCGGUACCAGUUGUUCAUUUACAUGUGCAUGCUUCACAGUAUGUUGACGUUCUGCCUGAGUCAUACUAGAUCAGUGCUGAAACACAAGAAAGGAGGAAGCUACUUUGUCAUUUAUUCAAUCAGUAAUAAGGGAUGAGAAAGGAGGCUGCUGUUUUCUGAUUUACAACAGGCUAGUUAUGAAACACCUGAGCUUUUUUCUUCACCAGAGGCAAGCCCUGACACCACCCCCCCACCAAGCGCAGGCUUCACCUGCUCCUCCCCUAAACUAAUAUAAUAAGCUUAUACCCCCAUGCAAAGAGCUUCACCUCUUCCACCCCCUGAAACAAUGCAACAAACAAUUUAUAGCAUCACAGAAUAAAAUAUCAAAUUUAUCAGUGGAAGACAUUUUGACUGUUUAUAUUAUGGCUUAUUUAAAAGCGAGUUAACCGCAUAAAUGAAUGUCACUGAUAGCAAGUAGUCCAUCAGGUAUAACAUAAUACACUACAUCAGUUCACAUGUUUUGUGAAAAGCCAUGUCUUUUUUUUAUCAAGUUUAAUUCAGUCAACAGAUUCAAAGCAAACUUAUACUGGGUUUUACUAUUCCAGGAGAUACUUGACUCUAUUAAAAUGAACAGUAUGUCAGGCUGACAAAGCUGCCUCUCAUAUAUAAUAUAUUUAUAUUUUUUGAGAACAGUAAAAGAAUUUAAUGCUUGCAACAUUAAUGCUGAAAUGGCCAGAGAGUGAUGUGAUUAACACAUUAAGUUAACAGCCCUGAUCUAUAUUUAAAAUCCAUAUAACUGAGCCGUGUACUCAAGACAACAGCUAUUUAAAAUGCACAAAAAUAUAAAACAUAAAAAGCAGAAAUGGAGAAGAAAAGCUAGUAUAGACAAGAAAUAUGGAACAUUCCAGGAAGAUUAUAUGUCAAAUGUGUGGAGGAAUCUUCUGAAAGAAAUUGCAUGCUAUAGUAUUUAACUAUUACUUUGUCCAGUAAAAUACUGUUACAUCCAUUUUAUUCCUUUUUCCUGUUUCCUACUGGCUUAUUUUGGGGUUUUUAACCCUCAGUCUGAUAACAAUCAGUUACCUGCAAUGCUCCACUUGGGUUGUAGUAGCAUUACCUAUUAUUAUCUGGUCGGAACUGGUCACAGAUCGGCAUUGAGUAUUCUCAAAGACCGUAGAGUAGUGGCAGCUAUUCUAGCGAUCCUCAGACAGCCACUUAUUUUCUUGUCUUAGGCAGUACAAAGGCUGAGAGAGAUGCUGUGAUAUCUUAGUGUUUAGUGUUAAUAUUGAUGUGACUUCUGCGUUUUGCUCAUGCUGGUAAGUAGCAUACCCUCAUCCUUCAAUGAGCAUCUGAAUGUACUCCCCCUCCCCCACUCACAUGUUGCAUCUUAAUAUUUGUCUGUCAGUCCAUAUGUUGCCCACAUUCACCCCUAAAACAAGAAUAAUAACCCUAUAGGAGAAAAUCCAAUCAUUGUACUAUUAUGCUAGUCUGGUUAUGUCUCUGAUUAUAGCAGACUAUCAGCUACUAUUCCCAAGAGACCAUACAGAACACAUUUACGCAUGGGAUAGCCCUGCAGGACCAAUAUUUUCUGAAGCUAUGCACAGAUUCUACAUUGCACAUUGCAACAGUACUGUCGAGUGCAUGAUAAUAAAGCUCUGUUGUUACUGUCUGAAAGCUUUUGCUAUAUUAGAAUCAUACAGAAGAGACGAUCUGUUAAGCAGUAGUUCUCUCUGUCGCUGAUUUCAUUUGAUCGAGCAUUAUAAAUAGCUGCAUGUGGGUGGUAAUAAUGGCUUUAGCGUGCAGAAAGUUCUUGGAAAUUAACAUUUAAGCUAUGAUGGCUACAUUCCCAAGGCGAUAUGUACUAGAAAGAAGUUCUGAGAAAAAUUAUGAUCAAGAUGACAGCUCUGCCAUGGCCAUGGACUAAAAUCAGGGUUUACUGAGUGCGCAUUCAAAUGUGCUGCAGAUAAAGGAAGCAUAUUUGUUUUUGUCAGAAUAUCCCUCUUUUUUCUUGCUGUUUACUAGCAGAGACUACAUUCAAAUGAACAUUUAGCAGAACAGGUACAAAGGUGAACAAGGCAUGCACUGCAACAAACAUAUAGGGAAGAGUGUGGUACGUCUCCUUGUAUGUAACAUAGAAUUUCUUCGGUUUUACAGACUGAGCCUCUUGUACUUCAUUUGGAAAAGGAUCUAAGACUUACAGAAAACAAGAGUUUUAAAUGCUGCUCCUGAAGGAGCAAAAUUUGAACAGCUUUUCUUUUUUUAAGACUUGGUUAAGACAGUGAUUUGUGGAAAAAUCAAGUUACUGAGGCUGAGGGGAGGAGUUACAGAAAUAAGUAGCAGCACUGUUCAGUGCACUCUGUAACUACCUGAGACUAAAAAGGGACCACUCACCUGAAUCUUUUAGACAUUUGAAGGCACAUACUACUCAUUCCCUGGUACUCAAGAGCCACUCACCUGUAAAAUAUAUCAAACAGGUAUGUAGGAUCUGUCAAUAAAUAAAGACCACCUUGACACCUGCUUGCUUCCUUUCUUUCUGUGUUGUGGGCUGAACCCAACCAACAACCUUUCUUAACUUUUAUGAUUUAUGCAUCCUAUGCAUUUUUUUCAGUUGCUAAUCUAGUUCCCAAAUUGAAAUCUUGUCAGUUCAAAGCAUCCAGCUCACUUCCCAACCCACCUAGGCAAAGGAAUGCUUUUAUUGUGCCACUCUUGAAGUUUCAAUUUCCAACUUCACUUAAUUUUACACAAUUCCUGACCAUGUAACUUUCUAAAAAAUGACCUCCAAGACAAAAUCUCUCCAGGUUAAUGUUCCCACCUCAAACCAUUUUGCAGACUUUGUACCUGAAAUGUGCUGUUCUUUUUCCCUUUUAUUUGUAUGUCUUGAUAGUAUUAUUGUAUUUGUUCAUUCAUUUCCUAUAUAAAUGUUAGAUAAUCAUGUAAUAUAUGGUCAUUAACACCAAUUAUUUUAAUGCUGUUUGUACUAAUUGCUUAUUUAAUCCAUAUGUAUUAUUAAAAUGUAUUAUGUUGUUAUUUGUUGUUUUGGGGAACCUUUCUCUCACGUCACUGUCUAUUAAAGUAUUUUACCUGGUAGA